CCCCUCUCCUCCUUCUUGCCUCUUCUUCCCGCCUCCUCCUCCUCCUCCUUUCCUGGAGUUUGCCCCGCUCGCCUUGCUACUGUUUAAACUCAUCGCGCUGCUCCUGCGGCUGCCGGCGGAGGACUUCGGGGCACCCGAGGCGCCCCCAGGAUGAAGAAAGCACUGAAAUAUCUGUUUGGGUUCCUUGUGGUCGCCGUUAUCAUUACAGCCAUAGUUGUUCCUGUAGUUUUGCUGACAAACCAAAAUACUCCUGAUCCCCGCAGGAAAUUUACUCUACAGGACUAUUUGAGUGAUCAAUUUCAAUACAAAUCAUACAACUUGAAGUGGAUUUCAGGACAUCAAUAUAUCCACAUCAACCAGAGCAAUGCCAUUCUCUUUGAUGUUGACAAUGGAUCACAGACCAUCAUCUUAACAAAUGGAACAUUAGCCACUUAUAACAGUAGUGAAGUAAUUUUGUCACCUGACCAAAAAUAUGCUCUUUUACGAUACAACUAUGAGAAGGUGUGGAGGCAUUCAUACAAAGCAUCAUAUUACCUCUAUGAUUUGGGUAGCAGGUCUCUAAUAUCAGGCAAGCAACUUCCUGAAAAUCUCCAGUACAUAACCUGGUCACCAGUUGGUCAUAAAUUGGCUUAUGUUUUAAACAACAACAUUUACAUCAGAGAAACUCCCAAUAGUCCUGAUUUACAGAUCACCCACAAUGGAGAAGAAAAUAGAAUUUUUAAUGGAUUAGCAGAUUGGGUGUAUGAAGAGGAAAUGUUUGGCACUCAUUCUGCUCUGUGGUGGUCUCCAAAUGGCACUUUUUUAGCAUAUGCAGAGACUGAUGAUACCAAGGUUCCUGUUAUUGAGUAUUCAUUUUAUUCAGAAGAUACGCUGCAGUACCCAAAGACCAUUAGAAUCCCAUAUCCUAAGGCAGGCGCUACAAAUCCAACCAUAAGGCUGUUUAUUGUGAAUACCCAACCUCUUUCCAAUUCUACUGAAAUCGUUGCACCACCAAGCAUAAAAUCUGGGGACCACUACUUGAGUGUUGUAACCUGGGUGACAAAUGAGAGAAUCUGUCUUCAGUGGCUCAGAAGAAUUCAGAAUUUUUCAGUUCUUGACAUAUGUGACUUCUCUAGACAAAAUGGAACAUGGCAAUGCCCACAGGAUAAGCAGCGUAUAGAAGAAAGUAAAACUGGCUGGAUUGGCAGAUCUCAGCCAUCUGAACCUUACUUUACAGCUGACAGUGUUAGCUAUUACAAAAUCAUCAGUGACACAAAAGGAUACAAACACAUCCACUACAUUGACAGCACAGGGAAGGUGACACCUGUUACAAAUGGAUCAUGGGAAGUGAUCAGCAUAGCUGCACUAACAAACAAUUUCAUAUACUUCAUCAGUAAUGAAUUUGAAAAUAUGCCAGGAGGGAGAAAUCUUUAUAAAGUAGAGUUAAAAAGCGGCUUUCCAAAAAAAUGCAUUAGCUGUAAUCUAGACAAAGAAAGAUGUCAAUAUUAUUCAGCAUAUUUCAGCACAAAUGCAAGAUACUAUAAGCUGAAUUGCAACGGUCCUGGUCUUCCCUAUUUCACCUUGCUUAACAGUACUACAGAUCAAGUUAUAAAGGUUCUGGAAAACAAUGUAGAUUUUGAAAAUUUCCUGAAAGAUAUCCAGAUGCCCUCCAAAAUACUGAAAACCAUUUCACUGCAUGGGGAAAAUUUCUGGUAUCAAAUGAUCUUGCCUCCCCAUUUUGAUGAAUCAAAGAAGUACCCCCUGCUCAUUGACGUAUAUGCAGGGCCCUGCAGUCAGAAAGCAGAUGCUACCUUCAAGAUCAAUUGGGCUACAUACCUGGCGAGCUCAGAAGAUAUUAUUGUCGCUAGCUUUGAUGGCAGAGGAAGUGGCUACCAAGGAGACAAAAUCCUGCAUGCAAUAUAUCGAAGACUGGGCACCUAUGAAGUUGAAGAUCAGAUUUUGGCAGCUGAACAAUUUUCUAAGAUGCGCUUUGUUGAUGAGAAAAGAAUAGCCAUCUGGGGCUGGUCAUACGGUGGCUAUGUGGCAUCCAUGGUGUUGGGAUCUCAUAGUGGAUAUUUCAAAUGUGGAAUAGCUGUUGCUCCGGUGUCACGGUGGCAAUAUUAUGAUUCUAUAUACACUGAACGUUACAUGGGUCUCCCCACAAAAGAGGAUAACUUGCAUAAUUAUGAGAAUUCUACAGUCAUGGCCAAAGCUCCAUAUUUCAAGGAUGUUGAAUAUCUACUGAUCCAUGGAACAGCAGAUGAUAAUGUUCACUUCCAGCAAGGGGCCCAGAUCUCAAAAGCACUGGUUGAUGCAGAGGUGGAUUUCCAAGCAAUGUGGUAUACGGACAAAGAUCAUGGGAUUGGAGGCCAUGCUCACAAUCAUAUCUACACCCAUAUGAGCCAUUUUAUCAAGCAGUGUUUUACGUUGUCAUAACACAUUUUGCAUCUCAAGCAGAUACCUUAUGAAGUUUUGUAAAAGAACACUAUCCUAGUUAAUGGUCUCAUGCUUCAUUCAGCUGAGAUAGUAUCAUUGAUUGCUAAAAAUACUUGAAUGAAGGAAAUUUCUAUUGUUGUUCUUUUUACAACUCCUGCAUCCAGUGAACACAAACCAAAUAUCUGCAGUACUUUAUCCUGCAUGGAAAACCUGCUCUGUGGAAAAGUAAUUUGCACCUUUGUUAUAGACUGCAUUGACCAGUAAUUUUCCUUUUGGACAAGACAAAAGAGCACAGUCAUGUGUAUGUGUGAACCUUAGGAUUGCAGCAUUCCUAUUUAUUCCAUUUUAUUUUUCCGGGCGUCCCCUGGGCAACGUCCUUGCAGACGGCCAAUUCUCUCACUCCAGAAGCAACUCUGGUUGCUCCUGACACGAAAAAAAAAAUAUUUUGCCAAUAUGUAAAUGUUGCUGUUCUGAAACAAAAUGUGACUUGAGCUCACAUGCUCUUUGUUGCAAGUUACGGGGAAGUACUUGAAGUGCAGCUUCAUUUACAUGCAGAGUAAAAUUUUAGCACAAAUGUGAUAAUUUAAGCAGAUAGGAUUCAGCUUUUACAUGGGAGAGGUUGAAAGUGAAAAUACCUGCUUAAAAUACCUUCUGCUGUAGCCCUCCAAGAGAGUCUUGUGCAUGACAAUCACAAUUGGCAAAUGUCAUCUGCUCUGAUGUAAGGACAGAGCAAGAUGUGAUCUGGGAGACCUGUAAUUAAUGUUACUUGAAAUUUAAAAAAUGAAAAGUCACUGGGAAAGGGGAAAGUAAAUAAUUAAAAUAAUAAUUAAAAACAAAUUAAUUAAUAAACCACUGGGAGAAAGGGAAGUUGGAUGAUGAGAGCACUGCUUUUUGAACCUUUCCCUUUUCUCACUGCUCUUCCCAGUAAGUUGCUCUUCACCAUUCUAAAAUUUAAAGAUGGCAAUUCUAAAAUUAUAUGCUGUACUAGCUGUGCCCGGCCACGUUUUGCUGUGGCGAAGUAUGGUGGUAUGGGAAAUAAAGUAUUGAGGAAUUGGUGGUAGUUAAGGUCAAGGGUAAAGGUUUUAACUUACAUUAAGUCCAUUAUAAAUGGGUUAUAUAGCUGUGUGGAAGGGCCUUGAGUCUACACUGCCAUAUAAUCCAGUUCAAAUCAGAUAAUCUGUAUUUUAUAGGCAGUGGGAAAGAGGCCCAAGUGAGGCCUAACUCUGCCUGUCCCCUGGGCUGAGUGGGUUGCUAGGAGACCAAGUGGGCAGAGCUUAGCCUUCUAACUGGCAGCAAUUGGAUAAAAACAAUUAUUCCUCUUCCUCUAAUUAGGACUUUCUUUUUGUUGUAUGAAUGUAGAGGCAUGGAUGACGGGUUGUGCUGCCAAGUUUUGUGUUUCUGGGAUGUGUAGUUUUGUUGUUUUGUCCUUGGCCGAAAUUUCAUUACCCUUUCAUAUAUAUAGAUAAUUUCCUAAAAACCUAACAGCAACAUCAAUCUCUAGGACAGUGCGUCUUACACUUUUCCCAUUCAUAACCUCUUUCACCCGAGAAUUUUUUACAUGACCUCAGGUAUAUCUAUAUAUAUAAAAGAGUGAUGGCAUCACGGCAGUGGACAAAACAACAAAAGUAAACACCCCACAACCUCGAAAAUUGACAGCACAACCCCUCAUCCACGCCUCUAGGUUGAUACAACAAAAAGAAAACAAAAAUAAAGUCCUAAUUAGAGAGAGAGGAAUAAUUGCUUUUAUCCAAUUACUGCCAGUUAGAAGGCUAAGCUCCUCCAACUUGGUCUCCUAGCAACCCAAUAAAAAAUAAUAAUAAACACUAAAAAUAAUUAAAAACACUAAAAAUUAAUACAAUAAAAUACUAUAAGAACAGAAAAUAACUAAAAAUGAUACAAGAAAAUAAUAAAAUAUAAUAUUUAAAAAGAUAACUUACAAUAAAAUUAAUUAAAAAAUACAAAUGUCAAAUAAAAAUUACACAACAAUUUUUAACCAAUACCACCACCAGACUUCGCCACAGCAACGCGUGGCCGGGCACAGCUAGUAGAUAUAUAAAAUAGGAAUAAAAAUUAAAUACUUACACAUAAUAAAUCAGCAUUUGCAAGGCUUGUUAAACAGGCUGAUUUUCCAUGUUGUGGAUUACAGCUGCAAAGUCGACUAUCAAUGCUGCACAUUGUUUCUAACAGAUUUGUGUAAAUGGGUGGCAUUCAGAAAAGCUUUACUGUUGCUAAAUUUUUUUUUGUUGAGCGAAGGUUGGAACCCAUAAUUUAAGAAGCAGCAGUCUAGUCCGUGCUUCUUUUUAAAAGUUGGCAACACUUGUAAAAAAAUAAUUAUAGAAAAAGUAUAAAAUAUAUUUUAGAAUGAAUAGCAUAUGAUGGUUUCUGGGUAUAAACUGCCAUUUAUUAUAGAAACAAAAUAAUGCUACCUAUAUAUUCAGGUUGAGAUUAGCUCCUUGGCAUCCUGCAGACUGAUCAGUAGAACAGUUUAUCUGUUUCUUGCCCAAGUCGUCACUAGUGAAUGAAGCCAGAUCCAGAGCUGGGUGAUGGCAGAACAUGUUGAGGACUGAGAACAGAUAUUAAACGUGAACCUUGCACUUGCGCUCUGACCAUUGUUUUUACCAAGGAACAAACCACUAAAAUAGAACCAUUAAUAUUACACUUGAUGUGUCUUAGGACUCUUAUGAAUCUGGAACUUGAAGUGGGCUGCAAUUCCAAAAAUCUUAUGCCAAAUCAAAUCUUUUAGUCUUUUCUUAAAAUUUUAUUAUUUGGAACUAGCAUUUCGCUAUAGUUAGGAGAGGCCCACCAGCCAUUGAUGGGUUGUGUGUCCUAGAGCCUUCCAGCAAACUUAGGAGAGGAAAAGCCAACAAUUAUCACAUAUAUUCUAUCAGACAAAAGUAAAAAAAAACCCUGCCUUUUUAUUUCCACAUGUGCAAGGAGUACUGGAUGGACCCAGGGAUGUAAAGGUGUUUCUCAAGGAAGUUUGAAAUGCUUCCUUCCACCAUUGCCAUAAAAGAACUUGCACUCGUGGCCACUUUUUGCAGAUUUCUCUCUUUUCUAAGCAGCAAAACAUAAACCUGGAAUAUGGAUUAUGUUGAGUAUGCAUCAAAGCUCAUCUUUUGCUUUAAAUAAGCGUGUUGGUGGACACUCUAUUUUGCUCUUUUUCUUACUACAUAUUUAUUCUGAUGGCGAAUCACAAAGAGAAAGCAAUAAAAGAUAAUGUGAUAGCUGCAACUCUUGCAAAUUUAAUUGAUACGGCUCAGGCAGUUUAUGGCAUCUCACUUUUUAUAUCUAUGCAAUUCAAAUGUGUAUUGAAGUGCCCAACUAUGAAAUUUUAUACUACUGCUUACCAAUGUGCCUUAGAACACACUGAUCAAAAUCUUGAGAUUUAGCUUAGCUUCGUACAUUCCUAGCCCUUUACCACCACAGGUUUCAAAUAUAAAUCCCAUUGUUCUCAAAUAGCAACGUCUAUGUGAUUUGCAAAUUAUGAUGUCCUGAAAAUCUCACUGUUUAAAAAAGCUGUAAGUAAAACUGUAUUAGUGAUACCAGAA